AUGAGAAACGGUGCAGUAUUGGUUGCAUUGGGUAUGAUCUGUUUGGCGAUGAGCAUCACUUCUCGAGUUGAAGCACGCCAUUACCAGUCAACUCCCUCGUCGUCUUCUUCUUCUUCUUCUUCUUCUUCAUCAUCAUCUUCAUCAAGCGGGGGAAAUUCAUCAAGCUGUCCGCUAAAUGCAUUGAAAUUAGGAGCGUGUGUGGACGUGCUUGGAGGGCUGGUAAAUGCCACCAUUGGAGAUUCCGCUGUGAACAAGUGCUGCCCUCUUUUGCAAGGCGUUUUGGAAAUUGAGGCAGCACUGUGUCUGUGUACAACAAUUAGGGCAAAGGUUCUGAACCUGAACAUCAUCCUUCCCAUCGCUCUUGAGCUCUUCGUUCAAUGUGGCCUUACCCCUCCUCCUGGAUUCAAAUGUCCACCCCUUAGUUAA